UUCACCACUGCAACCAUUUUAGUUUGUCUGUCGGUAUGCGUGGUAUUAUCAACUAACAAAAAUGUUAGUUGAUAAUGCUGAGUCAGCAUUUGCAAUUAAGAGCAGAUAAAAGGCAGGUAAGGUAGCUGCGCACGGUUAAAAGGCAACACGCAGGCAUUUUGACAGAAACCAUAAGAGUAUGUCAGCGAAAUGUUAAUGCUCUUGUCUGUGGUAACGUUACACGGAGAUGUGUCUGUGGUUUUGGCUUCUUUUUUCUAAAUAGAAACUAGUUUUGUUUUUUUUAAAGAAAUAGCUAGACGUCAUGGCCGGAAGUGGAAGUGUUAUAGUUGACCCUCCGUUUAUCGAGUUUAACGACGUCAGAGUCGGACAGGUUUACAGGACGACAGUCACUGCAACAAAUGUCGGCAAAACAUCCAGAAGGAUAGUGAUUAAAAACCCAGCAUUGAAGGAGUUGUUUAAAUUCAUAGCAGCAGCAGCUGCGACAGUGGGUCCACCUGCGCCAGUGGCUCCUGGUCUGUCUGUGAGUGGAGUGCUGCAGUUUACUCCCCAGAAAGAUGAGGUGGUCACAGACCGCCUUCUCAUCUGUUCUGAUGAUGUCGAAACCAUUGAAAUCCCAUUGCGAGGGUUUCCUACUGCAUGUUCCCUCCUAAUGGACUCAGUACUAGACUUUGGUUGUGUUGCUGCCAGCAGGCAAAUCAUCUGUAAACAUCAUCCUAUAGAAAAUCAAGGAUCAGCACCAGGCGUUUUCCUCCUGCAGUAUGAUGGAGACCCUUCAGUCAAAUUGUCACCCUCCAGUGGAGUCAUUGCAGCUGGUGCCAUCCAGUGGCUUCAAGUCCAACUGCGCACAGACAGACCUAUGCACGUUGAUGAGAAAGCUGUGGUGAAACUUCAGAAUCGCUCUGCUGCUGUUUUCAAUAUCAAGGCUGAGGUGGUGGAUCAGCGGCUCGAGCUCUUUGACAUGAAGGGGGAUCCACUCUCUUGUCUGUGGUUUGGGCCUCUGUACUUUGGGACUUCCCGUGUGGAGACUGUGGUUCUGAAAAACAAUGGUCCCCAGGUAUGUGACUGGAUCUGUCUGCUCCAGGAUUCUGCUGCAGGGACUGAAGUGGGACUAGAUCUCCAAAAGAGCACAGACGCCGCCCUGCUGGAGAGAAAGGAAAGGGGAAAACCAGCCACUCAGGUCUUUGUUUGUGUUCCUGAACAAGGUCGACUGGGACCAAAUGAGAAAACUACUGUGACAGUACGCUUUAGUCCCAUAUGUGACAGUACAAAGAGAUGGCACGAUUGCUUAGUCAGCCGGCAAGACUAUUGUCUUUUCCUUCUGUUUGAGUCAGCUGAGAGCAGACAUGGUUUCACUCACUGCAAGGGUAGUAGCAGUGUGGAGUUGGCUGUGACUGGUUCUGGGCUGCCUGUGUCUCUUGUACCCAAUCCAUCUGACACAUUUGAUUUCCCAGUGUGUGUGAAGGGCCAGAGUGCUGACCUUCUGUGUGUGCUUCAGAACCACUGCCCUCAACUUCCCAUCAACUUCCACUUCCGCAAGUUAGCUCAGUUUUCCACCAAACCUUCCAAAGGUACCAUAAAUCCUGGACAAUGUCAGGAUGUAAUUUUGUCUUAUACUGCACGCCAGCUCGGGAGCUUCAAGGUGUGUCAGAUACUAGAUGUGUUAGGUUAUGUUCACCGGGGUAGCGACAACAUGGACGGUAGACAGCUGGAACUUGGCAGCUUCCUCAAAGUCACUCUACACCUUUCUGCUGUCUGCCACAGUGAGACUGAAUACAGUGGUCCCAAACUAAAUCCAGCAGUGACCAAUGCAACUGGAUCACGUAAUAUUCGGUCUAGUGGGAUGGGUCACUGUCAAGUGUGGACACAUGCUGCUCACCUGAACACCAAAAAAGGGGAGACGAUUCAACAUGGAGAGGAUGAGCAUUUCAUGCCCACAAGCAUUAAGAUUGUGUCUGCAGACAGACAUUUUAGGACCAUCUUUGGUGGAGCCGCCCGCUUUCCCAACCUGCGCACCAACUAUGCUUUCACUGAGGAGGAGAAGGAGUGGAAAUGGCGAGAUCAGCACAUUUACGUAGACUUCAUCAAACAACACAGGAGAACACGUCUAGCAAGGAUCAAGAAAAGACAGCAGGGAAAAGGGCUGCAAGAAGUGGACAUUGGGAUCAUUCCUUCUCAAGGCCUUGUUCCCCCGAAGCUUCGUAUUGGUGACAGGGAGAGCAGUAAGAGCUCGGAAACAAAUCUGAACUACACGUAUGAAUCCAAACGAACCAAGUGCCACUGCCUCACGGACAUUACAUCCAUCACCCCGCAGGAAAAAACUCAGAGUUCAGUGGAAGUGGGUGCAGUUCCCUCAAACAGCCAGGAGAUGGCAGACUGCAGCAGGACUCUGACAGCACAGGAGCUCUGCAAAGUUGUCAUAGAUCCAUUAUUAGUGGACUUUGGCAAGGUGUGUGUGCAGUCAGUGUUUGUCCGGAAGCUGGAGCUGAUCAAUCAUCUGUCAGUGUAUGUUUGGGUGCAGCUGGACGUGGACUGUCCUGAGCUGCUGGGCUCCUCACCCCUCUCCCACAUUCUGCCCCCCUACUCCCACUCCACCUUACCGCUGACAUUUCAGAGCAACAAGCUGGGUCACGUCUACAGACCUGUUACCUACUCUGUAAACAAGCAACAUCCUGGUCAGAUACUAGUGCUGGCCAAUGUCGUCCCUGUGGCUCUGGAGCUGUCCACCACCUUGUUGGUACUGCGGCCCAAUCCCACCCUAUUUGCCCAGUCAGGAUAUCGGAGUUCAGUUACCCUUCGAAACCAUCACAACCAUGCUACAGAGUUCACAUGGAGACCAGUAGUCACUGAGAGAGGCAUUUUGUUCUCUAUUCGACCAGCUACAGGUACUGUUGAACCAUACAGGGAACUGGAGUGUGAGGUAGUGUGGCAUCCCUCCUUCUCUUCCCCUGCAGAAGGAGAUUUUGACCUCUGCAUUUAUGAGGGCAACACACAACGCCUCCACUGCGUCGCUAAGGUUGGAUCCCCUUGUGUCCAGCUCGCAGAGAACCUGCUGAUAUUUGGAUCAGUGCCUCUCAACAUGGCCUCUAUCAGAACAGCCAUCUUACACAACACUGGACAGAACCAUGCUUACUACCGGGUGUUAGAUGUGUGCCCUCUGCCAGGAAUGAUGGUGAGUCCAUGUGAGGGAGUAGUGCCCAGUGGGGGCCAAACUGUACUCAAGAUCCUCUUCAACCCAGAUUCUGUCAUCAAGUUUGACACCAGAGUUCAGAUAGCUAUGAGGAAAAUGAAGUCCAUUGAGCUCAGAGUGAGAGGAACAGUGGAGCCUCCAAAUGUGGACUUCAGUGUGUCCCAUUUCCAGUUCUACAUGGUUCAUGCUUGUUCCCAGCGUGUAAUACCUUUCACUAUGACAAACCACUCGCCUGCUGCAGCUCGGGUGACCUUCAACCUGUCACACUAUGCAGACUUCACUCUCCAGCUCCCUCAACCAUCAACCAUAAAGGAGUCUGGGGUGUGUCUUGUGGACGUGCAAGGCAAUCAGACUGUAGACUGCUCCCUUACCUUUUCACCCACCCAGCCAGCCGGAUUUGACUUUGACCUGCCACUGAUGGUUAAUGGAGAGAAAUGGUCCACUGCUUCUUCGUCUCCUAUCCCCACUUCAUCUUAUUCGUCCAUCUCCUCCUCAAAUUCAGCCGUCAGCUGGAAGCACUUGGUCCAGUCACUUUCCCACUCUGUCACCAUGGCAACACAACGGUCACUGCACAUACAGGCCACAGUGGUGCAGGCCCCACUGGAAUUGUCACCCUCAAGCCUACACUUCCAUGUGGAGCCUCUGCUAUCACAGUCUGAUGCCUACACCAAGACAGUGGAGCUGAAAGCGGUGUGUGAACAGAGUAUCUGGUGGCGUGGUGCCAUUAGUCAGCGCUUACACUGGUGGUUUAAGUGCAGCACUAUAGCAGCACCAACAGAUAGGGAGCUCUGUAUAGUGACUCCAUCGUCUGGCAGUCUGGGGCCCAGCCAGUCCGCCUGCUUAGCAGUCAGCAUCAGACCUGAGGCCAUCAGAACAGUGUCUGACAGACUAAUCAGACUGUCUCUCCAUCUUUAUCUGGGAGAUGAAGGUGAGGAGGAGAUGGGGGAAGAGGAGGGACAUGAGCCCUCCCAGGUGCUGGCCAUCAUUAUUACUGUCCAGCCUCUCAAUAUCACCAUCCACCCUCCUCAAAUCCUUUUUUCCCCUGUACCUCUGAAAACCAAUGCAAUGGCCACACUCACCCUACUGGCUGAAGGAUAUCCAAGUGGAACCAAGAUAUCAGCUGAAGUGGAUGAGGUAGAACUGGAGGACGGGACAAAGAUACAGCCUGUUUCUAUCGUGUUUCCUGAGGGUAACUCCAUCACUGCCCGAAACCAGGAACAGGGACAGUCAACAGACAUUCAAAGCCUGGAAGCCAUGGUGACUUCAGUGACCUGCAGUGUGUGCUUCUGUUCUGCCGUUCCUCUGUCUGUCUGCACAACUAUCACAUUCAUUGAACAGCACUUCAACAACCGGUUUAAAGUCACAUUGUUUGCUGUUGCUGACAAUUGUCUCUUGACAGUCUGGCCCUACAUGGCUUUUCACCGCUCUGAGCAACAGAUAGUUCUCAAGACAGGAGCCACAGCAGUGGAGGCGAUUCUUCAGCACCGUCACACACCGAGUCCUUCUCCUGGGCCAACAUCCUCCUCCUCCACAUAUGAUCCCGACAGCUGGACAUACACAGACUCGGCAUCAGGCUCCUUUCCAGACAGUUACACUAUGAGUGGUCAGACCAGCACGGAUGACGAGAUGUCGACACACAGACACACCCCAGACAAUCUCGGCGUCCCGGAAUUCCCUGCUGUCAACUCAGAGGAAGGAAUUUAUUACCAGACUGUGUUAAUGGCUGUGAAAAGGUGGUUUAGUUUCUUCGGCUGGCCAAAUGGACCACAUCCCAUCUCAGUACCACACACGCUUAGAAGAACUGUGUCAAAACCUCAAACGCAUCACUCCGGUGGACGGACUUACCGUGUCAUCCAAAACAAAGACUGCAGGUCUGUUCUGGACAUGCUUCAUCACCUGACAGGCAAAAAGAUCCCUGGUAUUCCUCUCUGUGACACCGUAUCUAAAGACACGGACCAGCGCAUUGAUCAGCUGUUACAACAAAACAAAGCUGUCCUUGCUUUUCUCAGGAAGAAGGGAGCCUUUCUGUUGCACAUUAGACCACAGUACCUACUAGAUGUGCAGGAGUUCAAACACUGGUGCUCAAUGCAGUCAAAUAAGGGUGGAAAUGGUGUGGACUACACUAGGGUAGACUAUGAGUCUCUGAGCAAACGGUCCUGGACUGAUGUGCUGCUACAAAUAUACAAGGUAUUAGUCCUGUGUCGUUUGUCCAAGACUGGUCUGAGCACAGGGCUGAACCAGGAAAACAUAGGUGGAAUCCUCCCUGUCAACUCGCAGCCUUUGGCCAGUAAUGUCUACUCUGCCUACGAGCUGCGGCUGCUCUCAUGGCUCAACAAGCACUAUGAGAGCAUGAGGAAAAGUGUCUUUGGUACAGAUGAAAUCCCAUCAGCACGCUGGAUAGUGAAUUUUGACCUGGACUUCACAGAUGGAUUGGUGCUCGCUGCUCUGCUUGCUUCCUACUGCCCUUACCUGAUCUGCAGCCACUUCCGGAGAAUGUAUGCUACACCGAGCACUUUGGAGCAGAUCCUCCACAAUAACAUCAUAGUUGCUCAGGCCCUCGCUGCACUUUAUCUCAACACUGAUAUACAGCCCACAGAUUUGUCAGAUCCUAAUCCAGUGCAGAUGUUAAUGCUGUGUGUUCACCUGUAUGAGAGGCUGCCACAUUACCUGCCAAUGCAAACCAUCACGCUGUCUGGAAGUCUGCGUAGCACUUUCAGUCAGCAGGUGCAACUGAAUAGUCCCUCGUCUCAGCCUGUUAAAUACCAGGCCUUCCUUUUUGGAAAGAAUGCUCAUCUCUUCUCCCUCCCUCGUGGAUCUAUUGUCUCCAUUCCUCCAAAGGCAAGCAGAGAACUGACAGUUCAGUAUUGCUGCUCCUUCAUGCAGCCUAUGGAGGCAGUCCUGCUGCUUGUCUCUAGCCCUGCUUUCCGUGUGCAGGCCACCACUCUCACCUACAAUCUAAAAACCCAAGUCAGUCACAUCACACCCACAAACUCUGUUAAGUGUGUGUCUCCAUGCUACGUGCUGAGAGAGAUCCAACUGCCCAUCACUAAUCCUUUCAGGAAGGAAGCUCAGUUCAGGGUGGUGUUGGUGGAAUCCACAUAUAACCCACUGGAGCCUGAAAAGAAAAAUGUUAGCCUCAUUGAACGGGCCUCCUCCAAAGCCAGCACAGAGAACGUGACUGCAGACAGAUGCUGUGGUGACGGCAUGAAAGGGGGGCCCUCGGCUCUAAGUGGUGAAGGCAGAGAGUUUCUGAGUGCAACGAGGGCUGUUUGUCUCAAGUCCAGCCAAUCAGACAUUCUGAACAUCCAUUACCUGCCCUUCUCUCCAGGCACCAAGUACUGCUCUGUGCUGCUUGUUUGCCCACAGGUCGGUGACAUGGUGUAUAUGGUGAAGGCCACAGCAGACUUGCCUCUUCCUCUCCCUCUCCGUGCCAGACCCAGUCCUAACAUAGACUCCAGACCCCAAAACUCUGUAAUCAGCCUGCAUUGCAAGGUGAAGCAGGUGUGUGAGGAGGUGGUGUGUGUCCCGCUCGUCAAUAUGGCCUGGGAGCGAGCUCUGGCCAUCUGGGGUCAGCAAAACAUGAGUGCUGAUGAACACAGGAGGCGGACACUGACACAGACUUUGUAUAGCAGCAGUGUGAGAGCAGCCACAGCCAGCAAGCUCUUUAAACAACAGGCCCAAACGAUAAGAGGGGUGAGAGGUUCUGCUGGCCACUGUAAAGUGAUAACAUAUAGUGUGGAAGUUUCUUUGCCACAGUACUUCACUUUACCCAAAACUAUUGAAAUGCCAAUCAAUAAGGACACAAAUGUAUCAGGGGAGAUUCCUGCAGAUUGCGGCAGUGUGGAAAUCCCAGUACGGUUCCAGGCAGACCGUGAGGGACAAUUUACAUGUCAGGUGGUCCUGAAGUCUUCAUGUGAUACCAGGGUCUUCAUGAUGGAGGCGCUGGUUACCUCCCAGGGAGGAUCCAUCCACUUGGAUUUCACUUCACCUGCUCACUCUUCAGUCAAGCAAGUCUUACCAGAGCACAAUGAGACCCAACAGCUGAAAAUCAGCAGCUUGUUGUAGCCAACAGUAACCCACCAACUGUAAAAAAUGCACACUGGAAAUGGAUCUUGGAAGCAUUGUUAGUAAACAGCACUAUUGUGCAACAGUCAGACCGUAAAUUGAAGCAGAUUUCUAUUUCAUCACAGUGUUUCAGAAUACAUUUUUAUUUGGCAACAACACACAUCUGAGACUUUGGAAACCUGUCUUUGUUGUAUUUCAGUACAUCAUUUCAGCUCUCAUGAUAUUCAUUUUAUGUACAGGCAAUUGGCAUUUUACACAGCAGCCAUUUACAUGUUUUAGCAGGGAAAACUCAGGUGUGACUGAUCACAUGUCCAAGUCUGGACGAUAAUGAUAGUGAACCCAGAUGCACACUGAAAUUGAGGAAACUAAAUGGAACUCAGCCAUCAUUAAUUUGAUUAUUUGCACCUGUGAUUUUCUGACGUUGACCUGUCAAAAUAACUGCUGUGCAAAGAGCCCAUUGGUAAGAGUUGUCUUUUUUCAGUCAACAAUAAACAAGUGUGCUGUAAUCGAUCAAAUAUAAACCUUCAAGCAUGAAAUAAAGUCAUUUUGUAGAAGAAAUAAUCUUUCAGUCACAAGGUUAGAGCUGCAGUCAUUUUCUCGCAAGUGAAACAUUGUAUUUUGUUGGUUGUAUUGGGCCUUUACAUGUAUUUCAAUAGGUGAGAGGGGUAAGUGGGCUUCAAUCUAUAUCCCCUGACCAUGAAUAAAGCACCCCAAAUCAGGGGUUUGAUGACUUUAA